AUGGCCCUCCCUCCCAAGUUCGCCGCCCACAAGCUCCUCUUCGCCCCGCCUCCAGACACCUCCUCCUCCGUGGUGCCGCCCGCGACGCACACUCUCGAGCUCUACCUCGACUACUGCUGCCCAUUCUCUGCCAAGCUCUUCCGCACUCUGCGCACCGUCGUAGAUCCCCUCGUCCGUGCCGAUCCGGCCUGGUCCCGCAGCUUCGCCGUCAUCUUCCGCCAGCAGGUCCAGCCCUGGCACCCGUCUUCGACUCUGCUGCACGAGGCCGCCCUCGCCGUCCUGCGCCUCGCCCCCGAGCGCUUCUGGGAGUUCAGCGCCGCGCUCUUCGACGCCCAAAAGUCCUUCUUCGACAUCAACGUCGUCAACGAGACGCGCAACAACACCUACCGCCGCCUGGCCAAGCUGGCCGGCGGCGUGGGCGUCGACGACGCCAAGGUGUACGAGCUGCUGGCCAUCCCGGAAACGGCUGAGAGUGAUGACAGGCUGAAUGUCGGCAAUGAGGUCACUAAUGACCUUAAGGUGGUGACCAAGAUGAACAGGCUGAUUGGCGUCCACGUCACGCCCACCGGUGUCUUUGACGGUGUUCUGCAGGACAUUAGCUCUGGCUGGGGCGAGAAGGAGUGGAAGGAGUGGCUGACCAAGAAUGUGGUCUAA